AUGGAAGUUGACCUGGAUUACCCCAAUAUAGACUACGACGCCAUCAACAUAAGCAGCCUCACUAGGUUACGAAAAGCUCAAUUUAUUGUCCCUCUCACACCUAGUUCCUCCACAAUUGAGCCUCGAAUUUCGUUGUCAUGGGUUAACGAACUCCUCAUACGUCAAUCCCGCAUGUCGCUUUUGAGGAGAUAA